AUGAAGUUCAGAGGAACAAUCCAGACUGAUGGUAUUGGUAUUUCCGUUCUCAAGCAGACCCAAGGCACUACUCAAGGCCCGAAUCCCAGAAUGACUACCACAAUUGGCACAGAGCACACUCAUUACAUUCAUGACUUUACGCCAGAACAGCAUGAAAGUAUUCGCGGGCGCUGCGUCCUUAUUGAUCCUGGAAGAAGAGAUCUUUUAUACUGCAUUCACGAGGAGUCUACGGUGGAAACACCAAGAUGUUACCGGUACACCUCCAACCAAGAAAACGUCAGACUCAAAAGUGGCAAAGUUUCGUCGCAAUAUUUUUGGAUUACACAGUCCAAACCCCAGAUGUCUGUGAAAGUAGCAUUCGAUCAAGAUAGUAUGUUCCAGAGGGUUAUUGUGUCUGUUUGCGCGUAUGAGAGAGAAAGACUGAAAAGUGCAAGAGGACGGGUAAACUAUAAAGAGAUACGUUUCAGAGGGGUACCAUGA